AUGAAGUUUCCGUCGAUGCUCUCUUCUUUCGAAGCCCUGCGCGGGAUAUUCGAUCGCGUGGACAAAGACGCGAACGGGUUCAUCGAGAAGCACGAGUUCGUGACCGCGGUGGAGGAAGGGUUCAGCCGCAAGGUGACGGUCGAGCGCGAGAUGAUCGAAAGGAUCUACGACGAGGCGGAUUUGAAACACGACGGGCGCGUCAACUACAAAGAGUUCGUGCUCAUGAUCGUGCUCCUGUAUCUCGUCAGUUGGGAGACGGACCUGAGCGUGGGGAAAGACACCGCGGUGAGCGGCUCCGCGGGGGAGGACACGCUCGUGCACAACGCGGUCCAGAAAGUCCUCGAGGCGUUUCUCUUCUUCGACGCGAACGGCGACGGGUACAUACGCAAGGACGAGGUGUUGAAGAAGCUGGAAGCGCACGAGGGGGCGCACGCGAAGCAAAAGACCGAACACGGAGGACUCACCGCGGCGCGGUUUCGCGAGCUGGACUGGGAUAAGAGCGGCCGGGUCGACUUCAAACAGUUUCUGUUCGCCGUCGAGGGGUGGUGCGGGAUGGACGACGACUUAGACGGGAGCGUGGAGGGGGGUAACAACGCCGGCGGCGGCGCGUCGUAG